GGGACCCACUCGGGCUCCGCUGGGCUUGAGGGGCGGCGGGUGGUGGGCGGAGGGUGGUGUUUCCGCGGGUCGGCGGCUACUGAGCUGCCCAGCCGUCCGCAGAAAGCCCGUCCGCCGAGGUGGAGCGAAGCUUUUCUCCGCCUCCGCCCUCGGAGCUCUCCCAGGAUACCUCAGAUUUCCCUGGAGUCCGGAGCUCUAGGGGCGCGCUCGGCCCUCCUUUUCCUCUUCAGCCUGCGCCGCGAGCGGCUGCCGGCCUGGCCAGCACCUCGCGGGUGGGACCUUAUCCCUUAGCCUCAAUGCCCGUGCGAGAAGAGUUGAGUGGGUGCCGGUGGUUGGAGCUGUGCAGGUGCCCCCCGGUGGCAAGUGUGGCCACGGCACCGGGCGCUAUUAAGUUUUAUGCGCGCACGUUGCAAGGACUGUGUGUGAGUCUGGUAUAAUUUGGUAUCCUGAGUGUCCGUCUUAGCAAGAAGGAAGUGGAAAAUACUCUUGAAAAGAAAACUAAGACAAUAAGGAAGCCAGAACUUACUUUUACAUGGUGAUUUGCUCACUUAACAGUAUGGACACUUUUCCCACCACAUUUCCUCCUGGUGGAGACAGUGGGCUGACAUAUUCUCAGUCUGAGGUGCAAAAAAUGUUAAUUGAUGAAAGGUUACGAUGUGAACAUCAUAAAACUAACUAUCAGACUCUUAAAGCCGAACACACAAGGUUGCAAGAUGAGUACAUAAAGUCACAAAAUGAACUCAAGCGCCUAUUAAAUGAAAAGCAAACUCACCAGGAAAAAUUUCAGCUGCUGCUUGAAGAGCUACGAGGGGAAUUAGUAGAGAAAACUAAAGACUUAGAAGAAAUGAAACUGCAGGUGUUAACUCCACAAAAGUUGGAACUGUUACGAGCCCAGAUACAACAAGAAUUAGAAACUCCAAUGAGGGAACGUUUUAGGAAUCUGGAUGAAGAAGUGGAAAAGUAUAGAACUGAAUAUAAUAAACUCCGCUAUGAACAUACAUUUCUUAAAUCAGAAUUUGAACACCAGAAAGAAGAAUUUGCACGUCUUCUAGAAGAAGAAAAAAUAAAAUGUGAAUCAGAGAUUGCAGGACUGGAGAAAGAUAAAGAAGAACUACAUAAUCAACUGCUUAGUGUUGAUCCCACAAGAGACAGCAGACGAAUGGAACAACUUGUUCGAGAAAAAGUCCAUUUAUGUCAGAAAAUAAAAGGCUUAGAGGCUGAGGUAGCCGAAUUAAGGGCUGAAAAAGAAAAUUCUGGUGCUCAGGUAGAAAAUGUCCAAAGAAUUCAGGUACGGCAGUUGGCUGAGACGCAGGCUACAGUCAGAUCCCUGGAGGCUGAAAAACAGUCAGCUAAACUACAGGCUGAACGCUUGGAAAAAGAGCUACAAUCAAUCAAUGAACAAAAUACUGUUUUAAUUAGUAAAUUGCAUAAAGCUGAACGGGAAAUAAAUACAUUGACCAGUAAAGUAAAAGAACUUAAACAUUCAAACAAACUAGAAAUAACAGACAUCAAACUGGAGGCAGCAAGAGCUAAGAGUGAGCUAGAAAGAGAAAGGAAUAAGAUUCAAAGUGAACUGAAUGGGUUACAGUCAGACAAUGAAAUUCUCAAGUCAGCUGUUGAACACCACAAAGCACUCCUAGUAGAAAAGGAUCGUGAAUUAAUACGUAAAGUACAAGCUGCCAAGGAAGAAGGUUAUCAAAAACUCGUGAUAUUACAAGAUGAAAAGCUAGAGCUUGAGAACAGAUUAGCGGAUUUAGAAAAAAUGAAAGUGGAACAUGAUGUCUGCAGACAAUCUGAAAAGGAUCAGUGUGAAGAGAAAUUGCGAGCUUCACAGAUGGCAGAAGAGUCGGCCAGAAGGGAACUUCAGAGUAUUAGGUUAAAACUUCAGCAACAAAUUGUGAAUAUUGAAAAUGCAGAGAAAGAAAAAAAUGAAAAUGCUGACCUGAAACAGCAAAUCAGUAGUUUGCAGAUCCAAGUGACCUCACUUGGACAGUCAGAGAAUGAGUUGCUGAAUUCAAACCAAAUACUGAAGGAAAUGGUAGAGAGGUUAAAACAGGAAUGCCGAAAUUUAAGAAGCCAAGCUGAGAAAGCACAACUAGAAGUUGAAAGGACUUUGGAAGAGAAACAGAUACAGUGGUUGGAAGAAAAGCAUAAAUUUCAGGAACGUCUCACUGACAGAGAAGAAAAGUAUAAUCAAGCUAAAGAAAAACUGCAGCGAGCUGCAAUUGCCCAGAAAAAGAGAAAAUCCCUUCAUGAAAACAAAUUGAAGAGACUGCAGGAGAAAGUAGAAAUCUUAGAGGCAAAGAGAGAAGAAUUAGAAACAGAAAACCAGGUGUUAAAUAGACAAAAUGUUCCAUUUGAAGAAUAUACAAGGCUUCAAAAAAGACUAAAGGACAUACAGAGAAGACAUAAUGAAUUUCGAAGUUUAAUUUUGGUUCCUAACAUACCUCCAACAGCAUCCAUCAAUCCUUUUAGUGUUCAGUCAUCAGCCAUGGUUCCAGGCAUGGACUUGUCGUUUCCUCCUCAUAUGCAGGAGGAACAGCAUCAAAGGGAACUCUCUCUACUUCGCAAAAGACUAGAAGAACUAGAAACAACACAAAGGAAGCAACUAGAGGAACUUGGAUCUCCUGGGGAAUGAUGUUCAUGGAAAAAAGAUCAAAAGGGAUGAAAUCACUGUGACUCAAUAAAGCUUGAAGUUUUAACGUAUGUGGCAUUUAGAUACUGUAUUCCUGUUUGCCAGAACAUUUGUGCCUCAAGAAAAGGUACCAGCUACAUGAUACAUUGCAUCAGUGUCAGGACUUUAGGAUUAUACUCAGGAUAAGUAAAACAUUAAAACCCCUUCAGAGAUGUUUAGAAUAUUUAUUGACAACUCUUUUGAGAAUGUUAGAAAAGAAAAAAAAAAUUAGAGAAUCAAGUUGUUAUUUUAUUAAUUUCACUUGUUGAAUUUUUUUUUUUUUUGGCAUUUUACCUGGAAUAUGCCCAUGUUUGAUUCCUUCUGCCACUUUGUGAUGCUUGGCAGUAACGGGCAGUAAACAUUCUGCAGUUUACCGUAUACAAGAGGUCUAAACCUCGUUCUUGAAAAAAAAAAGUUUAAAGGCAGCAUUAAAAAACAAAACUUCGGGAUGCCUUGGUGGCUCUGUCAGUUAAGCGUCCAACUCUUGAUUUCAGCUUGGGUCGUGAUCUCACUGUUUGUGAGUUCGAGCUCUUCAUUGGGCUCUGUAGUAACAGUGUGGAGCCCGCUUGGGAUUCUCUCUCUCAAAAUAAAUAACUUUUAAAAUAAAAAAAAAAAAAACACGUUAAGACGUGUAAAUAUAUAAUGCUACCAUUCUAAAAGCUGUGUGCAUAUAAUUAAAGAACUUAAAUAUUUUUCUACAUUGUCUUUUAAUUUUGAGCAUACACUCGGUAUUUAGCAAUGUAGAAAAGUCUCAAUGUUAUUUUCUAUUCUAAUGAAAACCACAAAGUACAAAUAAUUAAAUCCUAUGAUUUAAUUAGUUGUGUAAAACAAGGGCCAUUCAUUGUAAAACUUGAACCCACUGGGGUCCCUUAGCGGUAGUGUUGCCUCCUACUGUUUGGGAUCUAACCGAAUUAUUACAAAUGUCUUAUCUCUGUGCAUCCCUAACCUCUUUUUAAGGAAGUCUGCUGCAAUAACUUCACAUCAACAAGGCAAAGCUCAAAUCCUCCAAACUAAGUGGAAUGUUCAUUAUCUGGAAGUCUUUAGGAUCAAAGGUCCAGGUAGAUAGUGGAGGAGCAGUGCCUAAUACCAUGUCAAAGAAACUGGAGUCAGUUGCUGCAUUACAGAACCGCUUAUUCCCAGACGCAGUGGCACCUUGUUGCUGAAAAGUAAUUUCCAUGGGGCCACUUAGAAUUUAAAAAAUCUAUUAUAACUAGAACAUUUGAAGGAAAACAGAAACAGGCCACCUUUACAUCAAAAUGUUUAUUUUUGGAUAUAGACAUUUAAAACAUUCAUCUCCAAGUACAGCUUCAAUCAGGUAUACAAUAAGAAAUAGACUUUAAAUCCCUAAUACGGAAAAGGUAACAGAAUUAAUUUUUAAAUGCUGCUGUAGACACUAGUGUUAGAAAAAAAAAGUUUAUAAAUGAAUUGUUUGCACCAAAAAAAUAUGCAAAGAAACUUGAAAAUAGAAAUUGUUUGCCAUUUGUUUCUCUGGUUGCUGUUUAAUGUAGACCCAGUGACUGAUUGUCUUCAGCACACAUCUAAUUUGGCCAUUUACUGUAUUUGGCUAAUGUGAUCCAAGAUGUGGUCUAGAUCGUGCUUUUCACUGGAGGAUUGACAAACACGCUACAUACGUUAGUGAAUCUUCACACCACCUCAGUGAGGUAGGUUAGAAAUAGUAUACAGAAAUUGAGGCACAAAGAGGUAAGUGACUUGCCCAAAGUUCCCAGCAGCAUAGCCCCUGGAAGAGGAGGUAAGGCUCCACACGGGACUCUUGUGCCAGAGAGCUGGACAGGGACACCCUCACGUAGCAUUUACUAAACACGCAGAUAAAGCUGUAGCUGAUCCUUUUCAUAGCAUUUCUGUACCCUAAAGAAGGGGAAGUCUUUUGGGCAACUCUCCUACCCUUGGCUCUCAACUGUCCUCCUGUUAUUAUUCUCUUACGAACGCCUUCACAUCAAGACUGAGGCGGCCUCAGGCGGGGAGCAGACCUCUCACCUUGAUACUUGUAAGUAACCUAUUUGGUAGUAUUUUUGAGGUGUGUCCAUUGGACCGACAAUGGUCAAAAGUGAUGGGAUUGGGAAGGUACCUAUCAGGGCAGUGACUGCUUAUUUGAUCAGUUUGUUGAGGUAUCACCUCUUACUCUUUGCCAGAUAUUGAGGAGCAACAAGAAUUUCAUUUUCAAAGACAAAUUCACAUUCAACUCCUGAUAUCCCAUACAGUGUUGGUAAAUGAUUUUAAGGACUAGAUGAUGAGUGUUUUAUUUGCUACUUGAAAAAAUGUCUUUCCUUAAUCUGGGAUUUGGAGCACCAAGGGUAAAAGGUGCCACAAGGAAAGUUGAGAGUUGCCAAUCACAUUUUUUACUUUUAAUAGGAAAACACAGUGGUAUUAAAAUUGGUCAUGAGCAGCAAAAAUUCAGGAAUAAAAAAUCAGCAAUAAAAAGACUACGGUAGAACUGGACAGGGAGUUCUUUAAAAAGAAAGGCAUGAGUAAAAUGAGUAUUUUGAAUUCUUUCUCUUGUGAGGAAUACUUUCAAAAAGUACAUAGUAAGACUAAGAUACCAAGUUGUAUACUAAUAUUUUUCAGGCCUUGGGCCUCAAAUAUAUAUAUAUUCAUAUAUAAUACUCCAGUGUGAACAGCAAUUUCAUGAAAUGUAAAAUGUUUUUUUUUGUUUGUUUUUUUUUUUAAAUCACACACAAGUAUUUAUAACCACAGGGUUCACCAGAAAUCUAAAGCAAGGAGACACUAAGUACAGAAACGUAGGAUUAGGGGAGUGAGUUACUCUUCUACAGAUAGUUUUGAUCCAAGGUUUUAGACAGAAAUAAUGUUUGUUUUUUUUUUUUUUACAAUAGCCAACAUGUCCACUAUCAAAUACAUUUAGUAUGAAAAAAUGAAAAAAAAAGGGAACAUACAUCAGGACAAAGUGAGUAAAAUGCUGUUGCAUUUAAAUAAAGCCUCCUCACUCUCCUUGCUUUAGAGCUCCUUAGUGAAACGGAGGUGAGUCUGAUGGAGUGCAGUCCAUGACCACUGAAAAACACGAGCCCUUUCAACAAUGUUGCAACACUGUCAGUUUUUGGUUUAAAAACACACACACGCUCACGAAUGCUAAGUGUAUACACUACCAAAUUCUGCGGUCAGCUUUUCCAAGAACUACUGGGGAAAGUUUCAAUGCUGCAAAUCCUCGAGGUUGCCCUAACACCUCCACCUUGUUUCCAAAUGACUCAGUUCACAUUUUCUUUUGAUCAUUGGCAGUGUCCCCUUUCUGCAGAGGUGCAGUGUAGUCACAAGUGCUACAUAACUGUAGUUUUCAAACAAAACCACUUACAUCAUUGUGCUUAAGUGGAGACUGUAGUUACAAUACUGACACUUGCUUACUGGCCCUGUAUUCUCUGUAAACAAGGAGGCUGUUUGCAACAACCACUUCAACUCUAUUUACAGAAAGGUUCCUACGGUAUAUGCACAGGCACAAGGUUGGUAUGCUUUCUAAAAGCUGUGCAUGUGCCUCCGUCUCUAAAAGACAGUGCUCAAAGUGGAACCUAUGUGCAAACUUUAAAAAGUAACGACACAGAGUAGCUCAAGUAGCCAUUUUGCUCCCAAGUCGUCUGAAGAAUUUUGCCAGAUUAAGCCAGUCCCCAGAGUGCUUACAUCCACUUGCAUUUCUUCUUUUCAUCAAAUAAGACUUUUACAUGCAAGAGUUGUUUCUGAGCUUCUUCCAGCCCUCGUUCUCUUUCUAGUUUAUUUAGAAUCUGUUGACAAUUAGAACAGUUAUUUUAGAUAUUGUGAUCUUAGCAUUAGAUUUCGAUUUUUGGGGUUUUUUUUUUUUUUUUUUGCAUUCCUGAUGCCGUGAGUGGUAAAAAUCUGUAUGAAACAGAUGCCAACAUUUUCUUCGAUCAUUUACAUACUCACUUUGCAAGUUGUUUUGCUAAGUCAUUAUCACAGGAUCAACAACACUUUGGCUUAAAAUAGAAGCUAGCAAGAAAUACCAACUAUUUGCUUACAAAUAUGGGGCCAGACUUCCAAGGCCCUGGUUUAUGCAUUAUGUCACAGCCAUUCCAAGCACAGCAAGCAUUCUGGGCAGCCAACAUGCAGGCAAGUAUUUCUUCUUAAAUGCAGCAGGCAGGGGCAUCCUGGUCAGAGUUGAAUAUUUCCCUCCCCUCCCCUCCCCUCCUGGGCAGUGUAGUGCCUCCUCUCCCCUCCUCCCCUCCCCAGUGCUUCCCUUCUAACCCCUGGCCCCUGGAAAGAGGGAUGCUUAUCAUGUUUAAGGAACUCAUUGCCUCUACCCUACCUUAGCGCUUCACUUGAUCUUCAAGUAGCAAAUGGAAUUGGUGAGCUAUUCUCACCAGUGACAUGGAUAGCCUGUCCCAGCAUGACUGAGUGGGGGGGAAUCAGGGAAGGGGGAAUUAACAUAUAUUUGGAAACAGCGCAUCUGAUGACUGUGUCUGUGUGAAUUCCCAAAGAAAAAAAUCCAGAUUAAGGAGAAUUAAUCAUAAAGGAGAAUGGUUUAUUGAAAUAGUUGCUUAAGUUAGAAAUAUGUUAUACUUUCAUAUACCUGUUGAACACAGAAUCUAGGCAAUUUAACAAGCUUAGCUUUCAUUUUAGCAGAUUACAAUCAAGCAUAAGCUGGCCCUAUUUAAUAGGACCACUACUUACUCAUCAAAGUUAUAUUGAGUCAGUGUGGCUAUAGACCCCAUGAACUCAAAUGUAAAUUCAGGCUGGUCCAAAGGCGGGCAGCAUGAUAAAACCGUAAGGGGACAGCCACUUGCAGGGUCUGGCUCGGUGCCAGGAUCCCCCAUCUCAGACAGGCUCCCUGGCUUCCCUUUCUGGCCAUUAGGGAUGCCAGAGCUGUCCUGAGACCGGUAGAAUGCUUUACAACCAAAUCCUGGCGACUGAUUCAUAUCAAUUUUUUGAAAUGUUAUUUAAAAUCUUACCUCAUCAAAAUAUUUUACGAUGUAUUUGUAAAUUUCUGUCAAGGCCACUUCUUCAUUAAAUUCAUUUUCAUGUUUCUUAAAGAAAGAAAGCCUUGUUGAGAGAUUCUGAAAUGACUUUUCAAGACAGAAGUAACAAUGUUAUCUUAUUUCUACUUUCUAGCAAUACCUUAGAUUCCUGAGUUAAGAAUUCUUCCAUUUCCGAAGAUGACAAUGGAGGCAAAUCCCUGAUUGCUUUGUAAUAAGAUUUUACUUCCUCUUUGUAGGUUGGGAUAUCCUUGGCAUAGAGAAGUUUAUUAGUUGGUGCUUCCUACGAAAACAAAAACAAGCAUCCAUGGCCAAGAGUAAAACACCAUGGGGAAUUUAUAAUAGUAACAAUGUAGCUGAACCUCCAGCACUAUCACGACCUCCUAGUAACAAAGCUUUUUCAUGCAGUGGGCCUUCAUCAGUGUUGUUGAUUGAAUGACUGACUGCUAUCCAGAUAGUUCUGGUGAGUCACUGUUCUUUUCAGGCGAAUUAAAUGCUAAUAUAUUCUGCCUUCCUCUCAUAAAAGAGCUAAAAUUAUUAUUUUUGCAUGAUUUUGAGUUACUGUAACAACGGAACUUAUUUCAGUCAUAGUUCAUUACUAAUGGUUGUAAAAAGCCUGAAUUAAAACAUUUGCUCUCAUCUUCA